GUCUCUCAGAGCAGCGGUGUGGUUUCUGAGGAGCGCUCAAAUGCUUCACUCAAACGCAUUUCAAACAGGAUGUAGCGACUGAGACAAGACAGAGCAAGGAAAGACAAGGUUAAAUUCUGCGAUAUGACAAACACCAGGGAGCCAGAAAUGAGCGCCACGGCGGGGGAGAAGCAGGCAGCAGGAGUCCCGACGAGGCACCUCACCGCCAGCAGGUCUUGACGGCUGCUCCCGCUGACCUAAGACGACCAGCUCCCUCCGGUGCAAACACACAGAACACACAACAUAUCCGAAAUACUGCACAUCCCAUCGGUGAACCUUGAAACCGAUAAUGGCGAGCCAGAAUGACUGUAGUGUGAAGGUUGCUUUGAGGAUUCGUCCUCAGAUGGCAAAGGAGAAGAUCGAGGGCUGCCAUGUUUGCACGCUGGUCACGCCUGGAGAACCCCAAGUCCUCCUGGGUAAAGAUAAGGCCUUCACCUACGACUUUGUGCUCGACAUCGACUCAGAGCAGCAGGAGAUCUACCAGGCCUGUGUUUACAAGCUCAUCGAGGGCUGCUUCGAGGGCUACAACGCCACUGUGUUCGCUUACGGGCAGACGGGUUCGGGGAAGACCUACACCAUGGGGACGGGCUUCGAUGUGAGCCUGGGCCAGAAGGAGCAGGGCAUCAUCACGCGGGCCGUUCACCAUCUGUUUGAGGGAAUCAGGAUCCGGAGGCAGCGCGCACAGGAGGCCGGCAGCCAGCCGCCGGAGUUUAAAGUCAGCGCCCAGUUCCUAGAGUUGUACAAUGAAGAGGUGCUGGACCUGUUUGACGGAGGCAGAGAUCCCGAAAGUCGGAACAGGAAGUCCGCCAUUAAGAUUCAUGAAGACGCCAGCGGCAGCAUCUACACCUCCGGAGUCACGUCCAGACUGGUGCACACAGAGGAGGAGCUGCUGCAGUGCCUGAAGCUCGGCGCUCUGUCCCGCACCACGGCCAGCACCCAGAUGAAUGCCACAAGCUCUCGAUCGCACGCCAUCUUCACCAUCCACCUCUGUCAGAUGAGAGAGUGUCCGCCGGGUCUAACGAACGGAGGAGCAGAGAACGGGGAGGUGAACGACGUGGACUCCGGCCCCAUCACUCAGCCCGAGUUUGAGACGCUGAUGGCCAAAUUCCACUUUGUGGACCUAGCCGGCUCUGAGAGGCUGAAACGCACAGGAGCAACGGGAGAGAGAGCCCGCGAGGGAAUCUCUAUUAACUGUGGACUGCUGGCCCUUGGAAAUGUGAUCAGUGCUUUAGGAGACCAGACUAAGAAGGGGGGACACGUCCCUUACCGAGACUCCAAACUCACUCGUCUGCUGCAGGACUCACUCGGCGGCAACAGUCGCACAUUGAUGAUUGCCUGCGUCAGUCCGUCUGACCGGGACUUCAUGGAGACACUGAACACACUGAAAUACGCCAACCGUGCGCGAAACAUCAAGAACAAGGUGGUGGUGAACCAGGACAAGACCAGCCAGCAGAUCAGCGCCCUGCGAGCAGAGAUCGCCCGGCUGCAGAUGGAGCUGAUGGAGUUCAAGGCGGGGAAGCGUGUGGCGGGGGAGGACGGCUCAGAGGGCUACAGCGACCUGUGUCAGGAGAACGCCAUGCUGCAGAGAGAGAGCGACACACUGCGCCUCAGGGUGAAGGCCAUGCAGGAGACCAUCGACCAUCUCAACACCCGCGUCACACAUCUGCUGACCAAUGAGGUCAGCUCUCUGCUCACCAAGUCAGGUGAGGGCACUGAGGAGAUCGGGGCUCUGAUCCAGAAAUACAUCCGAGAGGUUGAAGAACUUAGAUCCAAGCUCCUUGAGAGCGAGGCCAUGAACGAGUCGUUGCGACGGCACACGGCCCGACUCUCCACUCGUUCCCCGUUCACUUCCUCCACUCACAGCCCGGCCCCCGGCCACCCACCUGGAUCCUCCCCUGCUCCCUUGUCCAUGGAGGCUGAGCUGACAGACGUGUUACGACGGGCCAAAAUGGACAUCGAGAAGUUGAAGAAGAAAGAGAGGAGGCAGAGGAGAACGAGUCCCGAGUUGGAGAAAGGUAUGAAGAAACGAGUCAAACUGCACACCCACGAGAAUGGAGAGAACGGGCAGAGUGGGCAUAACGGACAAAACGGACAAAAUGGAGAGAUCGAUUCUGACGACAAUUACGUCGAGGAUGUCAUGUCUCCACUGCAGGAGGAGAGUGGGUGUGAAGAAGAUGAGGGGGAGGAUGAAGAGGAAGGCAGGGAGGAGGAGAACGGGUUUGACAGUGACGAGAGCCAGGUGGAUUCAGACUCCGACUCUGAAGAGAAAGCCAACUUCCAGGCGGACCUGGCUGAUCUGACCUGCGAGAUCGAGAUCAAACAGAAGCUGAUAGACGAGCUGGAGAACAGCCAGCGGAGGCUGCUGAUGCUGAAGCUGCAGUACGAGGAGAAGCUCAUCCUCCUCCAGAACAAGAUCAAAGACACUCAGCAGGAGAGGGACCGCGUACUGCAGAAUCUCAUGUCCAUGGAGAACUACACGGAGGAGAAGGCCAGCCGGGUCAAGCAGGACUACGAGAAACGUCUUAAGGAGAUGAACCGAGACCUGCUGAAGCUGCAGGUGGCACAGAAAGAGCAUGCUCGUCUCCUGAAAAACCAGAGCAGGUACGAACGGGAGCUGCAGAAACUCCAGACAGAGGUCAACGACAUGAAGAAAGCCAAGGUGACGCUGAUGAAGCAGAUGAAGGAGGAGCAGCAGAGGAGGAGGAUGGUGGAGGCGAAGAGGAACCGUGAGAUCGCCCAACUCAAGAAGGAGCAGCGCAGACAAGAGUACCAGAUUCGAGCGCUGGAGUCUCAGAAGCGCCAGCAGGAGCAGGUUCUGCGCAGGAAGACUCAGGAGGUGACGGCCCUGCGGCGCUUGGCCAAACCCAUGUCAGACCGCGUGGCCGGGCGCGUGGCCCGCUGGAACCAGUCUCCCCAAAUUUCGGACUCUGGAGCUGAAUUAUCGGCCAGCACCACAGCAAGCAGCUCUGAGCCUGAGACCGGGAGGUCUGUGAGCGGGAUGGUGAAACAAUGGAACAACAAAAACAGCGUGAUUGGAUAUCUGGCCGAGAGUGAGGGUAGCAUGGACGGAACCAGAGUCAUUGGCAGCAGGAAGAAGUUGCAGCGUAAGCCAGCAGGCCCUGGCAGCGCUGCAGCGGCGGGCAGAGUAAGCAGCUUCUCCAAGUCUGCCCGGCUGAAGUGGCAAACACUGGAGCGUCGCAUUAUGGACAUCGUCAUGCAGAGAAUGACAAUCUCUAACGUGGAAGCUGACAUGGAUCGGCUUAUCAAGAAGCGGGAGGAGCUGACGGUCCAGCAGGAAUCACUCUCACAUAAGAGGGAGGUACUGAUGGCAGACGGCGAGGGUCCAGAGGCAGAGGACCGCCUCCUUCUGGAAAUUAACGAAGAUAUCGAGGUGCUGAACGCCAACAUAGACUACAUCAAUGACAGCCUGUCUGACUGCCAGGCCACCAUCGUACAGAUAGAAGAGACCAAGGAUGAGCUGGACUCAGUGGACACCUCAGUGGUGAUCAGCUCUUGCUCUCUGGCUGAAGCGCGCAACCUCCUGGACCACUUCCUGAAGGCUUCCAUAGAUAAAAGUUUACACGUGGCUCAGAAGGAGGCUCAGAUCCGGCUGCUGGAGGGUCAGCUGAGACAGUCAGAUGUGAUCGGCUCGUCUCACAAUCACAUAAUCCUUGAUGCCCUGAGAGAAAAGGCAGAAUACAUCCCUGAACUCCAGGCUCUCAUUGCCAAUGUGCAGCUGGAAAAUGGUUAUGCGAGCACAGACGAGGAGCCGUCUGAGUUCAGCCAAGCCUCUGACAUCAGUGUAUAUCGCAUGAAAGAAUCCAACAGCCAAGAUGAUAUGAAAAUAAAGAUGGAGCCUCGUCUGUCAGUUCAGAUGAAGGCGGUGUCAGCGGAGUAUUUGGGGCCCAUCCUGGACCCCUCCUCGAGCAGCAAGCACCAGUUCAUCACCAAGUCCCUGGCCUCGCUGACGGACAUCCAGGAGGACGGCCUGUGCCUCGGGUCAGCGAGUCUGGGUCUCAGCCUCGCCCUACGAGACCCCUACCACAGGGAGCGGGCCACCCGCACAAACAGCCUACCUGUCAGGGGACACACCUUUCCCAGGCAGUCUCGUGGUUAUGACACUUCCCCUCUAACAAGGAGGAAAUCUUACGAUCGCUCGUACAGGCCCACUGACGGCUACACUCCCCCCUCCUCCCCGCCUCUGAGGUCCAGAAACGACCGCAACGUCUUCUCCCGGCUCACCAGCAACCAAACCCAAGGUUCUGCUCUGGACAAGUCGGAUGACAGCGACUCCUCGCUCUCCGAGGUGCUCAGGGGUGUGAUCAAUCCCAUUGGGGGUGUGAAGGGGGGUCGGACGGCGCCCCUGCAGUGUGUUUCUGUAGCCGAGGGCCAUUCAAAGCCCGUCCUGUGUGUGGAUGCUACCGAUGAGCUGCUAUUCACUGGAUCUAAAGAUCGCACCUGUAAGAUGUGGAACCUGGUAACGGGUCAAGAGAUCGUCACCCUCAAAGGCCACCCAAACAACGUAGUGUCCAUCAAAUAUAGUCCUUCCUCCUGUUUAGUCUUCUCCGUCUCCACCUCCUACAUCAAGGUGUGGGACAUCCGAGACUCUGCCAAGUGUGUCCGCACGCUCACUUCGUCUGGACAGGUGGUCUCAGGGGAUGCCUGUGCGGGCACCACCACCCGCACGAUCACCUUUGCACAGGGCGAGUGUCAGAUUAACCAGAUUGCCCUGAACCCGUCAGGAUCCGUGCUCUACGCUGCUGCUGGGAACACUGUUCGCAUGUGGGACCUCAACAGGAUGCAAGGGAUGGGGAAGCUGAUGGGCCACAUCGGCUCUGUCAUCUGUCUGACAGUGGGACAGUCUCUAAUGGGCAAAGAUCAAGUAAUCACUGGCUCCAAGGACCAUUAUGUCAAGGUGUUUGACGUGACAGAGGGAACUAUGGGUAAUAUAGGUCCAGCUCACAACUUUGAGCCUCCCCAUUAUGACGGCAUCGAGUGUUUGGCUGUUCAGGGAGAUGUGCUGUUCAGUGGGUCCAGAGACAACGGCAUCAAGAAAUGGGAUCUGGGAGAACAGGAACUCACUCAGCUUGUGAGCGAAGCCAGUCUUUCCAUAUGCUGCACGUAG